AACUCCAGCAAGCGGGUCCCAGCCCUCCCCAGUGCAUCCCCAGAGCCAGUCAGAGCCAGAGGCCGUCGCGCACUCCAGGGAGGCCCCGGGGCGGGGACCCGUGGCGCCUCGCCAUCUCCAACGCCAACCCCACGAGGGAGGGGCUGCGGGACCUACCCGAACUGCCACAGAUCACGCACAAAGCGUCACCCGGAGCAGCCCAUCAGUCCCUUGAGGCCUCAGUGGCGGACGACAUGGACGCCGUGCUCCUGGAGCAUUUUCCCGGGGCCCUGGACACCUUCCCGUCCUCUUACUUCGAUGAGGAAGAUUUCUUCACCGAUCAGUCCUCUCGGGACCCACUGGAGGACGGCGACGAGCUGCUGGGGGAUGAGCAGGCGGAGGUAGAGUUCCUCAGUCACCAGCUGCACGAAUACUGCUACCGCGACGGGGCGUGCCUGCUGCUGCAACCUGCGCCCUCGGCGGCCCCGCACGCGCUCGCCCCGCCGCCUUUGGGGGACCCUGGCGAGCCCGAGGACAGCGGCAGCUAUUGCUGCGAUGCAGGGGCGCCUCUUGGUGCCUUCCCCUACUCGCCCGGCUCACCGCCCUCCUGUCUCGCCUACCCUUGCACCGCGGUACUGUCCCCCGGUACGCGGCUCCGUGGUUUGAACGGAGCAGCGGCAGCGGCGGCGGCGGCCGCAAGGCGGCGGCGACGCGUGCGCUCCGAGGCAGAGCUGCAGCAGCUGCGACAAGCGGCCAACGUGCGAGAGCGGCGCCGCAUGCAGUCUAUCAACGACGCCUUCGAGGGGCUGCGUUCGCACAUCCCCACGCUGCCCUACGAAAAGCGCCUCUCCAAGGUAGACACGCUGCGCUUAGCCAUAGGCUACAUUAACUUCCUCAGCGAGCUGGUGCAAGCCGACUUGCCACUGCGCGGGAGUGGCACAGGUGGUUGCGGGGGCCCAGGUGGCAGCCGGCACCUCGGAGGGGACAGCCCAGGUAACCAGGCCCAGAAGGUCAUCAUCUGCCAUCGAGGCACCCGUUCGCCCUCCCCCAGCGACCCGGACUACGGUCUCCCUCCUCUUGCAGGGCACUCCCUUUCCUGGGCUGAUGAAAAACAGCUCAAAGAACAAAAUAUUAUUCGUACAGCUAAAGUGUGGACCCCAGAGGACCCCAGAAAACUCAACAGUAAAUCUUUUGACAACAUAGAGAACGAACCACCUUUUGAGUUUGUGUCCUGAGAAAGCUCUCACAGGCCGGCUGUGUCUUUGUGCAUAUUGUACGUGUAAAUACCUAUAAUGUAAAUGUAAUUUAAAGACCACAUUUUUCUAAUGGCAAUCAACUGUUUGUUAUUUAUCUAUUUAUUAUGCUGUUGAGUUAAUGGAAAUAGAUUGUCUUUUUAAAAAUAUAUAAUUUAUAUAAUUUAACGUGAUAUUCUAUAAUAUGAUUUCCCCAGAACCUUUGGCAGAACUCUGAACUGGAAGAUCUCUGUCGUGCUUAUUUAAUGUCGGAAUUGGUUUACUUCUGAGUGUUGCUAAUAAAUGCUAUUCACACGGGU